AUGCGCGCAAAAGCCUUAACCCAUGCCAAGUACAUAUCCCGCGCCCGCACCCCAGCCGCCGUGCUGUGCCGCGGCCUGGUGGAGCCGCUCGUCUUCCUGGCCAACUUUUCCGUGGUCCUGCAGGGCCCGCUCACCACGCAGUACCUAUGGCACCGCUUCAGCACCGACCUCGGCUACAAUGGCACCCGCCACAGGGGGGACUGCAGCAACCUCAGCGGGGACCCCACCAUGCAGGAAGUGGAGACCCUUACCUCCCACUGGACCCUCUACAUGAACCUGGGUGGCUUCUUGGUGGGGCUCUGCUCGUCUACGCUGCUGGGAGCCUGGAGUGACCACGUGGGCCGCCGCCCGCUGCUGGUGCUGGCCUCUCUGGGCCUGCUGGUCCAGGUCGUGGUGUACAUCUUUGUGGUGCAGCUGCAGCUCCACGUCGGCUUCUUCGUGCUGGGCCGCAUCCUUUGUGCCCUCUUCGGCGACUUCAAUGGGAUCCUGGCUGCUAGCUUUGCCUCUGUGGCAGAUGUCAGCUCCAACCACAGCCGCACCUUCCGAAUGGCCUUGCUGGAAGCAUGCAUCGGUGUGGCAGGGAUGCUGGCCAGCCUCCUGGGGGGCUACUGGCUCCGGGCCCAGGGUUAUGCCAACCCCUUCUGGCUGGCUUUGGCCUUGCUGAUAGCCGUGGCUCUUUAUGCAGCAUUGUGCUUUGGUGAGACCGUGAAGGAGCCCAAGUCCACCCGGCUCUUUACACUCCGUCAUCACCGAUCUAUUGUCCAACUCUAUGUGGCUCCGGCCCCAGAGAAGUCCAGGAAGCAUUUAGCCCUGUACUCGUUGGCCAUCUUCAUGGUGAUCAUCGUGCACUUCGGGGCCCAGGACAUCCUGACCAUCUAUGAACUGAGCACGCCUCUCUGCUGGGACUCCAGGCUAAUCGGCUAUGGUUCUGCAGCUCAAUACUUCCCCUACCUCACCAGCUUGCUGGGCCUGAGGCUUCUGCAAUGCUGCCUGGCCGACACCUGGGUGGCCGAGAUUGGCCUGGCCUUCAAUAUCGUGGGAAUGGUGGUGUUUGCAUUUGCUACCACCACACCCCUCAUGUUCACAGCGUAUGGGUUGCUCUUUCUGUCAUUAGUCACAACACCUGUCAUCCGGGCCAAGCUCUCCAAGCUGGUGAGCAAGUCAGAGCACGGUGCUCUCUUUUCUGCUGUGGCCAGUGUGAACAGCUUGGCCAUGCUGAUGGCCUCUGGCAUCUUCAACUCACUUUACCCAGCCACUCGGAACUUCAUGAAGGGGUUCCCCUUCCUCCUGGGAGCUGGCCUCCUCUUCAUCCCAGCCAUUCUGAUUGGGAUUCUGGAAAAGGCUAUUCCUCGCCCUGAAUUCCAGCAGUUUCCCCACAGCCCCUGAUCUGCCUGGACCAGACGACAGAGGGCCAGAGGAGCAGAGUGAACUUGAACCAGCUGAAAGUGUGCAUCUGGGAGCCCAGCCCACAGCAGCCCCAGCAGCUCCUCUGACAGGGCACAGUGCUCACCUGGGAGCAGGUGGUCAAGCUAGAACAAGGCACCACCUCAUCCACAGCUGAGCCAGCCUCUGACUAGGACUCAGACAGGCCCACUCCAGGGUGGGUGGCAGGGGAGCUAUUUGGGACGGGGGUCUGUUCAUCUUUAUGCCAUCCGUCACUUAGAACCCUGCAGGGGAGAGGAGAGGUCCUGAUGGAGGUAACACUUUAGGGACCAGAUAAAGCAUGAGGGUUGGCAUCUCCUUCCAGCCCCAAGUGCGCAGCCCACGGUACUGUGUUCCUGAGGUGUGCAGCUGCCACCAGUCACUCCUUAAUGAAUAUGGGACCUGCUUAAUGCAGCUUUGGGGGAAGAGGGGACAUGGGGGGGGCCUGGUACCCCCUGGAGAGAGAGUGCUGCUGUUGCUUGGGGUCAGGGAAUCAAUCCUUGGCUAUGGUCUGCCCACCCCUAGGCUUAACACUGCCAUUUGUCAUAAUAAAUCCAUUUAAUCAGACUGAA